AUGUCCUCUGAGGCUGUAAAAAGGCAAAUCCUCAAUGCAAUUAGUGCGUUAAACAUUCCAUUGGCUCGCUCGCCUAGUGAGCAAAGGGUAGCUGAGGCGUGCUCAGCCGCAAAACUACUUCGGAAUCGUGUUUUGAGAGAGCAUGCACGUGUAGAGGAAAAUAUCGAGGUUCUUCGACAAAAGCAGCUUUAUGAUGAUAGCGACAGCGAGGAUGAAAAUGAGAAAACAUCUGAAUUUGAGAAUAUAGCAUUUUCCCCUGAUCUUCGAAAACUGGGCCGACAAGACUUUAUUUUUAUAAGUGAAAUGAUGGUGAUGGAAAAUGUUGUGAUUCCGCUACUUUUGGCUCAUGGAAUGAAUUUUAGUUCUACACUUUUGCCGCAGCUGCUUAAGUUACUAACUGCUAUGCUCUUGCCAGUUCCUUUGUAUUCAACGGAGCGACCACGUCAGAUGGAUUUUGUUCGCCGUCUCAUGGAACGAUGCGGAACGGAUGAGUUUUUCGCGCUUCUGAUUCAGUCAGUGGCUCCAGUCGCCGAAAAACGUUCAAACAGCGUCAUACAGAAAGACGAUGUUGUCUUACUUGAAGUUGUUCUGAAAAUGAUUACGCUUUUCUUUACUGGGCCAAAGGAAACCAUGCCACCGGUGAUUGGAGCGUUUGCUAGAAAUCAUGGUAUUGAGCUUUUUCUCGUCAUUAUUAACCAGAACUAUGCCCGGAGUGAAGCGAAAAAGGCUUCAACUGAGGCAGACUAUUUGGAAGAGGUGUUACACCCCAAUUCCGAGCAAAAAACAAAUGGUGCUUCUAAUGUCGUGUUGUUGGAUGCCCAAAACAAAGAGGAAUUGGAAAUGGUUGUCCUGGAUGAGGAGGUUGCGAUAGAGCUGCAGGACAAGCAAGGCCACGAGGAGCAGCAAAUAAAUGACAAUGCGUACAAUGAUGCUGGAGAGGAAGGAGAGGAGGAGGCGGAAGAAGAAGCGGAAAGUGAGGGUGGGAGCUCUGACGCUGAGGAAUCUUCCACAGAACAAAGUGAUAUUGUUUCGGAGCAAUAUAAUGCGCGCAUUAUAGAACUCUUGGAGUGCGAUGAGCAGCUUUGGAAGUGGAAUAUACACAUGGUGACGGCGAUGUCAGCCAUUCUCCGUUCUGCGAAUCCGGCAGAACUGGCACAACUUGGAUUUGUGUCAAAAUUUCAUCAACAAUCUUCACAGCAAAUGAUGGGACUUUUUGAAAGCGGAAAGCGGCUUCGGGAGUGCAAGAAGGAAUUAGAUCGCUGGAGACACGUAGCAAGAAGUUGCAACGGAGCGAUCAGCUCGAAUGGUGUACUUGUACGUGGUACACCUUUUUCGCGCAUGCAAGGAGAAAAUGGGGCAAUAGGUUGUACUUCAACGCUUCUUGGUUUGCGAAGCAAAGAUCCACUGGAAAAGGUCCAAGACAUAGAUUUACGAAAAAACGCUCGCUUUAUUAAAGGUAUGUCUGAUAAUUCUGACACGACAUGGAUUCUGCCAUUACCAACAAAAAUACAACUUUCUCAACAAUGCCUUUCCUUUAUUUGUUUUGGGUUUGAGCCUCUGAAUAUGAUGGUAUGGAGCCGAUUGGCCCAUAUUAUUACUGGGUUUGAUGACGUCGUCAGGGAGCGCAACGAGUUGAUAGCAGGAUACAAAUCCUCAGGUGAAGAUAUAGAGCUCCCCACUCAGAUUGAAAAAUCUGUUUUGGAGUCGGCACAAACGGUUUUUGAUUACAUAAACAUAUGUGCAUCAUUACUUCGUUAUACACGUGAGGUGGUCCGCUUAAACCGCGAGGAAAACGGUGAGGUUCCUUCGGAUGCCUUUCAUCAACAAUGGAAAUCCAUUUCUAGUGUGAUUUCGCUUGAUCAUAUUCGUUAUGGUUUUGAAUUACUUCGCGUCUUCUUAAGCUCCCUGGAUCUUAAACGACGAUUUGAUGUGAUUAAUGUGGUAGCCUAUCUAGCCGAAUUGUUCAUGACCCUGAAUCUUUUAAUUGAUGGUGAUAUUAUAAAAGAUACAUCUGUUGUAGUUGCCGCACAUGCCCUGGCCUCAUCCGUGCUUUAUAACGAGGGAAAUAUCACAUUGAUUUUUGACUCCGUUUCGAGGUUUUCGGCCAAAGCUUUGCCACCGGGUAAAGCCGGGAUAAUUGUGCUAUUGAUGCACUCUGUCCUCACUCUCAUGGAAAAAUGCAGUUUUAGAGGAAAUGUCUUGUUUCCCAAACGUGAGAAGAAGAAUAAUGAGACCACUGUGAAUUAUGAAGCGGAGGACACGGGUAAUGCGGAGAUGUUGGGAAAGCAUAAGCGAACGGGCAUGGAUGGUUUGGAUUCCCCAGAGGAGGUGCAGGGCGGAACUGGGGAUGAGGAUUACGCCACUGCCGAAGCGAAGGGGGGUGAAGCGGCGGUGGUGUCACCGGCGCCACUUUUUUUGAAGGAUGUACACGUGACUCAGGAGGGGACUACCUCACCUUCAGGCGAGGGGAGAGGAAUUUCUUUGGAAAAUGCAUCGUUAACUUCAGGUAGUCAUGCUAAUCUGUCUACCUUGAGUUCAGAGCGAGAGGUGAGCAUAGGAAGUUAUUUUAAAAGGAUUGCCACUGUGAAAAACAUGAGGGUUAUUCUCACCUCACUUCGUCACUGGAGAGCCAAUGAGGUGGAUGUGAACAAUGGUUUAGUGUAUUUGAUUCGCACUCUUCUGCUUGAAGGAAUUGGUAGUGUUUUCUUUAAUGCUCCGUUUCUGCUGAUAAUGAGAGAUAUUUUAACGCAUGGUGAGCAUUCGCAUCAUGCGCUGUAUCGUGUGUGCGAUGACGUGGUUUAUGAUUUUUUCAAUCCGCCGUUUGCAAAGCUUCUGGAUGAGAGACGAGAAGCUCGGCAUGACUUGGCGCUGCCUCUGUUGGGAGGAGCACAGUCAUUUCUUGGCUUUGAAGUCUCCCUGCGCUGUGUGCGCUCGCUUUUUAGUUUAACUUCCACAGAUUACAGCAUCUUGGAGGAAAAGGGUCUUCCGCAUUUAACCGACUCCACAGUCAUCCCGUUAGUGCACGAAACCCACACCGAUGAGGAUGUGGUCCACGACGCUUCCUCCUCGCCUCAGGUCUCGCCUGUAAAGAAACGCCGCAGAAGGAAGCGGGUGUCUUUGCCUGAAAAUGAGGAAAACGCCGAGGCAAAAACUUCGGAGGUGUUUCCAGUUGAUUUCCCCAUAGAAGCUCAGAUGGAGAACUACGUUGAUGAAGUG